CUGGGGGACCCGGCAGCGGGACGGACCGCGGCGGGGCCGUGGCGGGAGCGGGCCGGGGGGGGGCGGCGGGGCCGCCAUGUACGCGGGGCUGCAGGAGCUGGGGGUGGCCAACGGCGAGGACCUGAAGGAGACGCUGACCAACUGCACGGAGCCGCUCAAGGCCAUCGAGCAGUUCCAGACAGAAAAUGGAGUCCUGCUGCCCUCCCUGCAGUCGGCGCUGCCCUUCCUGGACCUGCACGGCACCCCCCGGCUGGAGUUCCACCAGUCGGUGUUCGACGAGCUGAGGGAGAAGCUGCUGGAGCGGGUCUCAGCCAUCGCUUUGGAAGGGAAAGUUGAGGAAAGGUACAAGAAGCUGGAAGAUCUCCUGGAGAAAAGCUUUUCCUUAGUCAAGAUGCCUUCCAUACAGCCCGUGGUAAUGUGUGUCAUGAAGCACUUGCCCAAGGUCCCUGAGAAGAAGCUGAAGUUGGUAAUGGCCGAUAAGGAUUUGUAUAAAGCAUGUGCAGUGGAGGUGAAGCGCCAGAUUUGGCAGGAUAACCAGGCUCUGUUUGGUGAUGAGGUGUCUCCACUGCUGAAACAAUAUAUCCUGGAGAAAGAAAACAUUCUCUUCAGCAACGAAAUUUCUGUCUUCAACAAUUUCUUCAGUCCGUCUCCCAAAGCAAGACGUCAGGGAGAGGUGGUUCAGAAGCUGACUCAGAUGAUUGGGAAGAACGUGAAGCUCUACGAUAUGGUGUUGCAGUUUCUGAGAACCUUGUUCCUUCGGACAAGGAAUGUUCAUUACUGCACGCUACGGGCAGAGCUCCUGAUGUCGCUGCAUGACCUGGAAAUCAGUGAAAUCUGCACCGUUGACCCCUGUCAUAAGUUUACCUGGUGCCUUGAUGCCUGCAUUCGGGAGAAGUUUGUGGACAACAAGAGAGCUCGGGAAUUGCAAGGAUUUUUGGAUGGAGUGAAGAAGGGACAAGAACAAGUUUUGGGGGACUUAUCAAUGAUCUUGUGUGAUCCCUUUGCCAUUAACACCUUAGCCUUGAGUACCAUAAGACACCUGCAAGACCUGGUUGGGCAGGACACCUUACCCAGGGAAAGUCCAGAUCUACUACUGCUCCUUAGGAUGCUGUCUUUGGGACAGGGGGCCUGGGACAUGAUUGACAGUCAAGUCUUCAAGGAACCAAAAAUGGAAGUUGAGCUGAUCACUAAGUUCUUGCCUAUGCUGAUGUCUUUUGUGGUGGAUGACCACACGUUCAAUGUAGAUCAGAAACUGCCCUCGGAGGAGAAGGGGCCAAUUCCCUACCCCAGCACCAUUCCUGAAGCUUUCACCAAAUUCUUGCAGGAGAACAGAAUAGCUUGUGAGAUUGGGCUAUACUACAUCCUUCACAUCACUAAACAGAGGAACAAGAAUGCUUUCCUCAGGCUUCUGCCAGCACUAGUUGAGACAUUCAGUGACCUGGCCUUCAGUGACAUAUUUCUGCAUCUGCUCACUGGUAACCUCACACUGCUGGGUGAUGAAUUUGCACUCGAGGAGUUCUGCACCACUCUCUUUGAUGGCUUCUUUCUCACUGCUUGCUUAAGAAAGGAGAAUGUACAUAGACAUGUGCUGAGACUGCUGCUUCAUCUGCAUCACAAAGUGGCGCCUGCCAAAUUAGAGUCUCUCCAGAAGGCUUUGGAACCCACCAAACAGAGUGGGGAAGCUGUGAAGGAGCUUUAUAACCAACUCACUGAGAAACUGGAGCUUCGCAAGCCUAGUCCAGCCGAAGUGACUGAGACUCCCUCCAUGGAACUGCCCUUGCCCACUGUGCCCACACCAGCCUCACGCUGAGCUAUGUUUGUAGUGCAAGAGUGAGACAUGAGAAAAACUAACCUAGUGCUCAGCAGCGUGAAGGCACUGUACUGCCUUGUCAAGUGUCUCUGCCUACAGGGUGGAAACAAACAAACAAAAAGCCACUGAAGCUCUUUCAGGAAACACUGCAGUUUACCCAACUCACUGGCUCUUGCUGGUUAGAAAACUCUGUAUGCAGUGCAUUGCAGAGGUUUACUUUUCAUAAAGAUAGCUGAGUGUCUUCUUGUAGAUCACUUAAAACUGACUGUACAAUUUUUUUUUCAAAAACAAAAGGCGUAUUUUUAAGCUU